UUUUAUCGCUUAGGUAUAUAAUUUAUUCUACUUUACAUUCAGAAUUACAAGUCAUCAAACGUAUGAUUCAUUCAAGGGAACCUUUUAGUACUUUUACAUUAUUUUUACUUGUAAAAAACACGAUAAAGAUAAAAAGUAUGUUCAUUAGUAGCCAACAGUGUUAAUAACUUUUAAUCGCCAGAACGACGCAAAUAGGUAUAUAAAACCGCCAGACAAACUCAAAGUCACAGUUGCUUAGCAAUAAUUUACAACCAUGGUACUAUCAAUAGCAAAAUGGGUGGGCAAAGUGGCCGUAGUAACAGGUGCUAGUUCUGGAAUUGGUGCCGCUAUAGUAGACCGACUAAUCGAAAAAGGGGUAAUUGUUGUAGGAAUUGCUCGCCGAGUUGAACUAAUCGAAAAACGCGCCAAAAGCUGCACGGUUAAAGAAAAACUGUACGCUGUCAAAGCAGAUAUCACGAAAGAAGAUCAAAUUCUGAAAGCUUUAAAAUGGGUUGAGGACAAUGUCGGCCCCAUUCACGUUCUUAUCAACAGUGCUGGAGUUAUUUUGCUAAAAGGACUUACCGAAACCUCCACUGAAGAUAUGAAAACAAUUCUAGAAUUAAACGUCUUAGGUCUAUCUAUAAUAACAAGAGAAGUAGUGAAGAUGAUGCAGGCUCACAAAAUCAGUGGACAUAUUAUACACAUUAACAGUACUUUUGGACAUCAAGUGAUGUCGCAUGCUUUUAGCAUAUAUCCGGCAUCGAAAUUUGCUGUAACGGCUCUUACCGAGACGUUAAGGCAAGAACUUAAUUCUUUAGGGCUGAAAAUAAAAGUUACGAGUGUGAGUCCGGGUUUGGUUGCUACUGAGAUGACUACUUUAAAUAAGGAUAUCUUACCGGAAGCUAAAGAAAUGUUCGACAAAAUAGCGAUUUUACAACCUGCGGAUGUAGUAGAUGCGGUGGUUUAUGCUUUAUCGACCCCCGAACAUGUACAGGUGCAUGAACUUACAUUAACUGGAUUAUAAAAAGUUUUAAUGUGUAACUAUUAUAGAUAGAAAGAUAAAUAAACUUUAUAAAUCUUU